AUGAGCAUCGUUGAAGCACCAUUGGCAGUGCUGGCCAAGCGCCCUCUGAGGGCGGAACAUGCAAUUCGAGCACGUUCUGAAUCCGUUGAGCCGAUUUCUCUCCAUGGCCUGACGCUUUCGAGGGCCUGGGCGGCACUUUCUGGCCCCAGUCUGCUAGAUGGGGCGCAGAUGGCACACGGUGCACGGCGAAACAGGUCUCGGAAGGGCGCCGGGAGGAUCAAUGGCAAGAACUGGGGCAUCAAGGGAAGGCGGCAUCACGGGCUGGGGGGCCGCCAAGGGUUGAACAAUGAACUGGUGUUGGGGGUUGUUGUUAGCCAUUGGGACCGGCGCCGGGGGGUUGGGCUGGGGAUA